CCCGCCCCUCCUCCAGGAACGAGCGCUCUUUCUGGACGCACGCGCGGUGCCAGGAGGGAGUUCCGUUUCCGGCCCGGUGGCUUCCGACUUUUGGCGUUCGGUAGUCGCGGUUGGUGGGUAGCAACUGAGCCAAGAUGUUGCGGAAUCUGCUGGCCCUCCGUCAGGUUACCCAGAGGACCAUCAGCACUACUUCACGACGGCAUUUUGAAAACAAAGUUUCAGAGAAACAAAAGCUGUUUCAGGAGGAUAAUGGGAUCCCAGUGCAUCUGAAGGGCGGGACAUCUGAUGCUCUCCUCUACAGACUUACAAUGGCUCUGACACUUGGUGGAACAGUGUAUGCCAUCUAUCAGUUAGCCAUGGCUUCAUUUCCCAAGAAGCAGAACUGACUUCAUCCCAGCCUUCCCGUGGUUCAGUUGCAUUCAGCGCUCGGACCAGGAAUCUGAUGAGUAACUGAGCUCUUCUUUGGGGAUCAAUAUUUAUUGAUGUGUACUAACUGCCACCAAUAAAGCAGUCUUUACCAUG